AUGAACCCUGAAACUUGGAUAGACCCUUCAAACGUAGAUUUCCAUCGCGACAAUUUGCUUGAUUUGUGCAGGCACUUAAAGCACUUUGAAGGAUUUGACGCUGCUUACCCUUCCAUGCUUUCAACAAAUAUAGUUGACGAUAAAAGGGCUUGGAAAUUCACUAAACCUGAAGAUAUAAAUCAAUUGGAUCUAGGAUGGGUAGCAUUUAUUAGACCCAUGAUUAUCGCUAUAAAUGAUUACAACGUGUAUAUAAUCAUACCAUUUGACACUAGUGAAUCUACAAUAUCACAAUUAAUUCUUAAAGACUUAAGACUAAUUCAUUUUUCUGCAACUCAGCAGAUCGAAGAAUCUCCCUAUAAAGUCAGUGUUGCACUGUUAUUUUACGAGGUUAAUAAAAAUAACUGUGUUAAUUGCUGCAUAUACGAAAUCCAAUUUGGCCAUCCGUUACAAUUAAUUGGAUAA